AUGUCUUUGGAGCCCUACUCAGAAAUUAUUCUAGAAUUGGCUAAACAAGGCCUGUCAUCGUCAGAAAUCUCUGCGCGCCUUUCAGUGGAAAGUGGGGGCGGAAGAGGAUUUUCAGCCCGGAAUGUGCGAAAGUACUGUGCUGACAACUGCGUAAACUUGAGGGGGUUGCCCGACGAACAUCUGGAGUUGGAGGUGGCAAAAGCCAUAGCCGAGACAGGACCAACAUUUGGCAGAAGGAUGAUGAAGGGGUACCUCGCCGUGAAAGGGGUACAUGCUGCAGAGACACGUAUAGGAUCAGUGCUUAGAACUAUUCACCGACCUUACAAUGAAGCAAGACGCCAGGGUGCUCGCAACCUCAACCCCAUACCAUACCAAGCAGACUACAUGGGACAGAAGAUUCAUCUGGACCAGAAUGAAAAGUUGCAAAUGUUUGGGGUUACACAUGUUGUAGCCAUUGACGGCUAUAGCAAAAAGAUUGUUGGUCACUCCACCAUGGCCAUAAAAAAUAACCUUACCAUCUAUGAAGAUGUUUUCAGGCCUGCAAUACUAGCUAAUGGGAUGUGGGACCAGGUUCGCGUGGACCACGGGAAGGAGUUUUAUUUGACGCUCUUCAUUCAGGAGCUGCUGUCACCUCAACGCUACACUCAAGAGAGAAGACCUUACUUGCAAACUCCAUCCACAAGGGUACAGUUCAGUAUAUUCUAUAGUUGCUUCACCAACACACACUGUGGCUAUCCCUGUUGA